CAGUGGGAUCUGGUAUGUGAGAAUCGAUGGAUCAGCUUCACAAUAACAACAGUCCAGAUGGCAGGUGCCCUAACAGGAGCCUUUAUUGUUGGUUAUUCAAGUGAUAGAUUCGGACGAAGGAUCAGUCUCUACACUACCCAAUGUCUACACCUCAUAUUUAUCGCUGUUAGUGCUUUCUCUAACUCAUGGCAACUCUUUGCUGCUAUGAGAUUUGGCACUGGAAUGGUUGGUGGUGCUACUGUUGUGGUCUCCUUUCCCGCUUCUAUGGAGUUUGUUGGUAAAAAAUGGAGAGCGCUCCUUGGUGCAUUUCCAGUGUGGCCUACAGCUGCGCCAUUUUUAGCAUUGAUUACCUAUCUCUAUCCGAAUUGGCGUCAUUUUGAAUAUUUCAUUUGUAUCGUCAAUAUCCCAAUCUUGCUGGGGUUUUUCAUUGCACCGGAGAGUAUACGUUGGUUAACUGUUAAAGGAAGAAUUGAAGAAGCGUCUAAAGUAGCAUGUCUCAUUGCCAAAAGAAAUAAAAAACCACCACCAAAUACAGCGAUUUUAGAUAGAAUUGCCGAAGAAGAACGAUCUCAGAAUAGAAAUUUUUCCAGCUAUUCGUUCAUAGAUUUAUUUCGUGGAAAAAGAAUGGCACUUAUAACAUUAAGAUUGUGGCACACGUGGUUUACAUCAGUAGUAGUUUACUGGUGCCUUAUACUUGGUGUUCAGAAUAUGUCUGGUAAUUUUUAUAUCAACUUUUUCUUAGUAUCAGUCAUCGAGAUUCCUGCUGCGUUGUUGGUGCUGUUAUGGAUCAAUAAGAAGAACUUUGGUAGAAGAUGGUCAGUUGCCUCAGGGAAUAUCGUUACAUCUCUUGGUGCACUAGGUGCGAUCAUAGCUACGUUAACUGAAAGUUCCAAGGCCUAUUACGUUAAUAUUUGUGUUAUGAUUUCUAAGUUUGCUACAACAACGGCUUGGUCUGCUAUGGUGCCUUUUACUGCUGAAUUAUAUCCGACUGUGAUAAGAAAUUUAGGUUUUGGUUGUGCAGGUACAGCGUCUAGAGUUGGUGGUAUUGUUGCUUCUCAAGUCAUGUUAUUGGGAGGUUAUAUGCCAUAUAUCAUCAUUUGUAUUUUAACAGCAAUUGAUACGUGCUUAAUACUCACACUACCUGAAACACGGGGUGAAAUCUUACAAGAUACUCUUGUUGACAUUAAUAAAAACAAUGAAAAGAAAUAUCAGUUCGCCGUCAAUGAUGAUGGUUCACAAGAAAACGGUUUAUCUUCAAAAUUGAAAGACAACAUUUAA